CAGGGAGAAGUCUGCAACAUGAUUAACAAGAAGUAUAACGAGUUCCUGCCCAGCAUGCAGAGCGCUGAGGACUUGGUGUCGCAGGUGGACGGGCUGUCCAGCAACAUCGACCUGCUGAAAGCGGGGAUUGAAAACGAGGUUCAACGUGAUCUAAAUGUCGCUGUUGCCGAAUUUACUGAACUGAAGCAGCAGUUGGAGCGAGACACACUGGUUCUGAGUAUUCUGAAGAAGCUACAGGAGUUUGAUACAGCUAUUAAAGAGUACAAUACUGCAUUGCUGGAAAAGAAGUAUGUCGCAGCAGCUCAACAACUGGAGAAGGCGCGAAGCAGCCUGAAAAUGCUGGAAUCCCGCAAGGGCUUUGAGCUGAAGAUCCUGAAAGCACUAGGCACAGAGCUCACAGUGCAGACACAGAACAUGCUCUAUCAUCUCGGAGAAGAAUGGCAGACAUUGGCUGUAUGGAAGCUUCCUCCUUCCAAAGAAAGCAGCGGCCUGGAGUCAGCGAUGCAUUCAGAAUUGCACUUACGCACAGUGCCAUCCAAAGAGGAGGAGAUUGCUGGCCCACCUGUUGCUUCUGUGCUGCAGGCAUUUGCUGUCCUAGGAGAACUGCACACCAAGCUUAAAAUUUUUGGCCAGUUGCUGCUGAAAUACAUCCUCAAGCCACUGAUUUCGUACCCGUCUCUUCAGCCGUUCACAGAGGAACAGUCAGAUGUAUUCAUCCUACGUUUUAAGUCCAAGGAGCCUAACUUGGAUCAUUCCUCUCCUAUGGAGGUUUUUGACAAGAUCAAGCUUAUUUUUGAAGUUCUCCACAAAUAUCUGCUGAAUGUGCCUCUUGAGCAACCUGUGGAAGAUAAAAAGGAGUGCAGAGUUACACUCGCAGAACUGCUAGGUGAUAUGAUAUGGGAAGAGUUAUCAGACUGCCUCAUUCAGAACUGUCUGGUGAAUUCAAUCCCAACCAAUAGCAGCAAACUGGAGCAGUAUAUAGAGGUGAUUAAAUCCACAGAGGAAUUUGAAAAAGCCUUGAAGAACAUGCAGUUUUUGAAAGGAGACACAACUGAUUUACUGAAAUACGCCCGUAAUGUCAAUUCCCACUUUGCUAACAAGAAGUGCCAGGAUGUGAUUGUGGCAGCCAGAAACCUAAUGACCUCAGAAAUACACAAUACUGUAAAGAUCACACCUGAUUCCAGUGUAGCCCUACCGAGGCUUCCUGAUCCUGGGGCAGGAGAUCACUUAAAAAUGCAAACAACUUCUAAACUUCUGCAUAAUGACACGGUGAAUUUGGAGAACGAGACUAAACUGAGCCAGUACACGUUUUCUCUGCCCACAUGCCGCAUCAGUUCAUCAGUGGAGAAACUGAUGGAGCUGGCUUAUCAGACCCUGUUGGAGGCUACAGCCAGCACAGAUCAGUGCUGUAUACAACUCUUCUACUCUGUGCGGAAUAUAUUCCAGCUGUUCUAUGAUGUAGUGCCAACAUACCACAAAGAGAACCUUCAGAAAUUACCCCAGCUGGCAGCCAUUCACCACAACAACUGCAUGUAUAUUGCUCACCACUUGCUCACCCUCGGACACCAGUUCCGAUACCGCCUGACUAACAUCCUGUGUGAUGGAGCAGCUACUUUUGUAGAUCUGGUACCUGGUUUUAGGAGACUUGGGAUGGAGUGUUUUCUGGCCCAGAUGCGAGUGCAGAAAGGAGAAAUCCUGGAGAGGCUGUCAAGUGCCAGGAAUUUUUCUAACAUGGAUGAUGAGGAAAAUUACUGUGCAGCAAACAAAGCAAUAAGGCAGGUAUUGCAUCAGUUGAAAAGACUGGGGAAAGUUUGGCAGGAUGUCCUUCCAGUGAACGUAUACUGCAAGGCUAUGGGGACUUUACUGAACACAGCGCUCUCAGAGAUCGUCACUAGGAUUGCUGCCCUAGAGGAUAUCUCUGCAGAAGAUGCAGAUAGGUUGUACUCCCUCUGUAGGACCAUGGUGGAGGAAGGACCCCAAGUUUUCACCCCACUGCCUGAAGAUGACAAAAAUAAGAAAUACCAAGAGGAAGUUCCAGUCUACGUGCAAAAAUGGAUGACGUUCAAAGAGCUGAUGAUCAUCUUGCAAGCCAACCUCCAAGAAAUAGUAGAUCAGUGGGCGGAUGGGAAGGGGCCUCUUGCAGCUGAAUUCUCUGCAGCUGAAGUGAAGAGUCUGAUCCGAGCCUUGUUCCAGAACACAGAAAGGAGAGCAGCAGCACUGGCCAAAAUUAAGUAACUCUUUACUCCUACACGUUGCAUCUUCUGAGAAAGUGAGAGCAGACCAAGUCUUUCAAAUAUUUUUUGAAUUUGACCCUUCUUGUUCAUACUGGUAUAAAAAAAAAGCUUAGCAUUAGGUAAGUGCUUCCUGGGGGCUUGACUGAGGGAGACAUUUCCUAGCUCAAUAUUUGUAGGGCAGAUAGGGUGGCUGUAUGAGUCUGGGACCAGAAAAAUCAAAGGUGGGUAACACAUGGACACUGACUGCUUAUGCUCCAUCUGCCAGGCAGACAGAGUUUGGGCUUGAAAAAUGUAAUCUCCUGCCAUGCUCUCCAGAGGUGUUCUGCCCAGAUCCAAAUUUUCCUUCAUGAGCUGGUGGGUGUACAGUCCUGGUGAAAAAAGGAUGCUUUUUGUCAUAUGUGCUAAUUUCUGUUCUCUAGGAUUUCAUCUUCCUGUUAAGCCCAGCAGAGGGAAAUAAAGCAAAUCUUC